CACCUCGCCGCGUCUUCUUCCCAUCAUGCUCUGCUGUGGCUGUUUAAAAAUAUGAGUGACAUCAGCCUGCAGGUCACAGUGAGGUGAGAUGUCUCCCCAAGGGCGCAGAGAGCACCAACAGGCUUCUUAACAUACUUCCCACAUUUCUGGCAGCUUCUCGGCCACAUCCCAAAUCCAAAGCUGUGUUUUCCUUCCUGUUGCCAUGGCGAUGAGGGGUGCCUGGAAUGUGGCUGCAGACAGACUGGUGGGGCUGGGCUCAGCAUCAGCCCCCCGGUGUGUCGUCUACCUGCUGAUCUGGCUGAACGGGGCUUUGGUUGACCCCGCCAUUAACAGCAGACGAACACAGAGGUCAGAGCUGCUGCCCCAGACUUUGAGGCUUUCAGGGCUGGGGGGCGGUGAGGGUGGUGUUAUACACCUACUUAUCAUGGUGUCACAUGCCAGCCACUGGAGACAGGACAACAAAAACACAGAUGAGCGACGCUGCAGGAGGACACAGGCUCUGCUUCUCUUUCUGCAGGUUGGGCCUCAUCUUCUGGAUGGAUAGCUACUCGUUGCUCUACAGCUCCUCUCACAGAACCAGACUCUUUGCUGGUUUCCAGCGGCUGCGCUCUCAAAAGAAGAUGUGUGAUGUUAUCUUGGAGGCUGGCGGCGUUUCUUUCCCGUGUCAUCGCGCUCUUUUAGCCAGCUCCAGCGACUAUUUCUGGGCCAUGUUUGGCGAGGGGACUGCAGAGAGCUCAGCAGGCUCCAUUCGCCUCCCGGCACUGACGCCUCAGGGCCUGGAGACUAUUCUGGACUUCCUGUACUCGGGUUGGCUCAGUCUGUCUGCCUCCACACUUCCUGUGGUUCUGAAAACAGCCAGGUACCUCCAGGUGGAAACGGCUUUGUCGGUGUGUGAGCGGUUCAUGAUGGAGAGUUUGAAUGCUGAGAACUGCUGCUGCUAUGCUAAUCUGGCGGAAUGCCACGCCCUCUUAAACAUUUUGGAGACUGCCAAUCAGACCAUUGCCAUGGAGAUGAAGGACCUGUUGCAGGAAAAUAGGGAUGAUCUCCUGAGUUUGAACAUCCAGUCCCUGACGGCGGUGCUGGACGCCGAUGACGUCCCUGGUGUCAAAGAGCUUGACCUCGUAAAGCUGACUCUUUCAUGGUUGGAGGAAAACGGACCCCUCCCACUCCUGAAGUCAAAUUUUCUGCUGAGUCGUCUGCGGUUUGGAUUGGUCGCCCCUGAGGAUCUGAUGAAACUUAGUUGUGCCCACAAAGCCAUGGCCACACCCUUGAUCCGAGGCCAGCUGACCCGAAUCCUGGAGUACCACGGCAUGGGAUCAGCUCAGCCAAUCGCACAGAGCAGACAGUCCACUCUCAGAGAAUCGCCCAAUCGGGUGGUUCUAGUGGGAGGCGGGGCCAGUGUUAAUUGGCCAGAGCAGCAGGUGUGGGCGUUUGAUCCGAGGAGCAGGAAGUGUUCUCCUACAAGUUGUGUUCUCCCUCUGAGGCUGAAAAGUUUCUGCGUUUGCUCCUUGGGGGGGUUUCUGUUUGUGCUCGGAGGAGAUGAGGUGAAAGUUGGGGAGGAGGGAGCAAAGACCUCUGUUACCAUGGAAACCUCGAACCGAGUGUGGAGGUUUGACUCUCGCUUUGGCAGCUGGGAGAAGGUGGAGUCUAUGUUGGAGAGGCGGGCUCAGUUCACCUGCUGCCUCCUGCAGCACACCAUCUAUGCCAUUGGGGGGCGCCAGUCUCUGCCGAGCACCAACACAGACGCAGCCGUCGCCUCUGUGGAGUUCUAUGACAUGAGAGCAGGAAAAUGGAGGAGAGGUGUCACUCUGCCACGCCCCCUUUAUGGCCACGCCUCCGCUACACUUGACAACAACCUCUAUGUGUCAGGUGGCCACCCUGGUAACCAAGGCGGCCAUCACACCAGUCUCCAUGACAACAGGGAAAUAACCCGAGAUGUCCUGAGCUGGAACCUCAAAGACAGAGUCUGGGAAAAGAAGGCGUCCAUGUCCAUCGGCAGGUUCUGCCAUCGCUUAGCAGCCGCCCGUGGCUUCAUCUACGCCCUGCUGGGCAUGUAUGAACCUUUCUGUGAUAUUGAACGCUACGAUCCGCAGGCGGACCUCUGGACACGCCUUAAGCCACUGCUCUUUGGGUCCUUUGACUAUGGGAUGACCUCCACAGCCUCCGGGAAUCUACUUUUAUUUGGUGGGAGAAGGUGGAAGGAUGGACAGGAGGAGACGGUGAAGAGCGUGCUGGAGUAUGAUACGAAGAAAGAUCACUGGAGAGAAAUCUGCCAGCUCCCAAGAUCUCUCACUGGGACUGAAUGCACACGCCUGGCUCUUCCAGACUAAGGCACAGGAACGGACACUUGCAGCGUUUUUCGAAAUGUCUGAUAACAUCUCGUCUGUUCUCAUUGAAACAAAGACCCUCUUUCUCGAGUGUCCUUUUCUGAUCCAAGUGCUGUUUCUUCUGAUAAUCCACUUUGUUCAGCUCUGGUGGAUCCUCUAAGCUGUGGUGCCGGCCAAACAAGAUCUGCCGGACAUCCAUGGCCUCAGUUCACUUGCAAGCGAACUCUGGUGUGACUCAUUACAGUGUGAAUGCAAACAGACUGAGGAAAGCGUAGACGGGAACCAAAAAGGUGAGAAAUAAUGUCCGUUUUGUAUUAUUAGGAGACAAUAAUAGCAGUGCAACCCUGAAGAAGGAAAAAGUGAGUUGAAGAUUUUUGCGUGGAGUAAGAACAGCUGCCAGAAUUUAACAAGUGUGACAUUUUUAAUGACUCUGUUACACAAUAAAAACACACUGAACUGUUUGUACCAGA